ACAAAUAGAGCACAAGUCGAAGCUCAACUCUCUCUCUCUCCCCCAUUUUAACGCCUCUUAACUUUAAUUCACUUUCAACUCCCACCCCCCCCCACCCCACCCCAUUCCUCUUAAUGCUAUAUGUAUGCGCUCACUGAGUGUAUAAGGAGCCAAAAGCCAACGCCACCUGUUGGUUCCUCCCAUAAACCACCCCCCAAAAACCACUGCCACUUGUGAUCAAGAAUUUGUUACAGAAAACCCUUGAAAGAUAUUGCAUCUUUAUCAUCUCUCUCUCUCUUUCUCUCUACCAUCACCGAUUUCCCACCAUUUCUGACCUUUUUCACCUAAUGGGGUUUUGGUCAUAAUAGCCCUCUGUUGAUUAUAUGCAUAUAGUCAUAUAUUGAGAGAAUCGACCUAGAUUGUAUACAGAGAUUACGGCAAUCUGGAAAGGAGAAAUAAUAACCCUUUCUUGACUGAUCUCUGUAUUUCUGUUGGGAUAUAAAGAUUGAGUUUUUGUCCUUGAGGGAGAAACAUAGAAGAAAGACUGGGCCUUUUUUAUAUACUACAGUCUGGAAUUCUUGUGUGGAUAGUCUUUUUGAGUCCCGUUUGUUCUUUUAAUCGAUUUUGGUUUUUGUUUGUGUUUGUGGGGUUUUGUUGAAUCCAUGGCUGCUGGAGCAGAGGUGUCCGGUGAGACAGCAGUGUUGGAAAUGGAUUUCCCUGCUGCUGUUCUUGAGCCUUCAUCACCGAAAAAGACUACCCCUGCCAGUGAAAAGAACACUGAUAAGAAUGAAAAUUCCAAUUCUGAGAAGACUGGGGAAGUGGAUGUAGUUAAUGGUGUUAAGGGCUCUGAUUUGAACUCCAAUGCGGAUUCGAAAUCAGAAUUGCAAAUGAAGGAUUUUGUUGAUAUGUUGAAAAAACUGAAGUUGAAUCCCCUGGCGAAGGAGUUCAUUCCUUGCUCCUAUUAUUACGGUCAAAUGGGUGCCUACAAUUUUGUGCUUUCUAGUGAGAAUUUGGGAAAUGAUGGUUUCCCGAAUAAUCGAAGGAGAAAAAAUAGCAACAACACGACCAGGAGGAGAAUGAGUGGGAGAGCUUUUAGAGCUCAAAGAGAUGACAGUAUUAGACGAACUGUAUAUGUUUCUGACAUUGAUCACAAUAUUACUGAGGAGCGGCUUGCUGCCUUAUUUAGCAGCUAUGGACAAGUUGUUGAUUGUCGAGUAUGUGGUGAUCCACAUUCCCGUCUUCGCUUCGCUUUUGUAGAAUUCUCCAAUGACUAUUCUGCUAGAGCUGCUCUUAGCCUUUCCGGGACACUAUUAGGUUUCUCUCCUAUCAAGGUCUUGCCUUCAAAAACUGCAAUUCUUCCUGUGAACCCCACAUUCCUUCCCCAGUCGGAGGAUGAACGCGAGAUGUGCGCCAGGACAGUCUACUGUACAAACAUUGAUAAGAAGGUUUCUCAAGCUGAUGUCAAGAAUUUCUUUGAAACAAGAUGCGGCGAGGUGUCCCGUCUGAGGCUCCUGGGGGAUAACAUGCACUCCACAAGAAUUGCUUUUGUGGAAUUCUUCAUGGCUGAGAGUGCAAUCCUGGCUCUUGACUGUUGCGGUGAAGUUCUGGGAUCCCAACGCAUCAGGGUGAGUCCUUCAAAGACGCCAGUCAGGCCACGGGCUCCCGCCCCUGGAAUGCAGUAACUGGAGAACUUGAAAGUUACGCCUGAAAGGUGAACAUUUGGUGUUUCGUUAGUUCUCUUGGGAGACGAAUGCUUCGAGAUUGAAGUAGUGGUGAUGAAACCUACCUCUCCUUCAGUUUUCCGUUUUCUUGGGCACAGUGACUUCGUUUCUUGCACAUCUAAUCAACUCCUUUGAAUUUAUAUGCGGUCGAGAACUUGGAUGCUUUUGCUGUGAUUAAUUAUCUAACGUUCUACCUUCAGUACUAAGUUGUGUUAUAUGCUC